AUGUACCGUCGGCUAACGAGUCGUAAAUUUUCCUCAACCAGGUAUCACCCACCAACGGGGCACCGCCUAAAUGGGACAUGCUCUAAUCUCCCGACCGGUCUCCCGGCAUGCGGGGUGGAGCGGGAUGGGGCGGGAAGAGGUGGGAUGAGGAGGGAUGAGGCGGGUUGUGGCAGGGGGUUAGGACGGGUGAGGAGGGAUGAGAGGGAUGAGGCGCGUAAAGCGGGGCGGGGUUUGCGGUGCGCACCGCACAGGGCCAUAGCUUGGCGGGAAGUGGGCGGUGGGCGGGAGGAGCGGCACGCGGCGGUGAAGCCGUCGAGGGAGGCGUUGGCGCAAGUCGGGGGCGCGCGGUCGUGCGCUGGAGCAGCUUUCCGCGCGGGGUGGGCGCGGGGGCAGAGGCGGCCGGUUACGACUGGAUACUGGGAGAGGGAACCGACAAACCGACGUGUAGUUCUGCCUCGAAUCUCUCGUUCUGGGGAAGAGGAACUCCGGCACGGAUAUACACCGGCAAAGCGGAGAAAGACAGCGCUUCCUAGACUCUUCGAGAGUUCAAAGAGAAAACAGCUGGGAAACUUUGAACUGAGCCAAGGCGGAAGGCGUCGAGACGUCACGCGAGCCAACUGGUCUCCCUUCGCAGCCACGGGACUUGACCUUACGCGUCACGGCCUUCAACUCUCCAUCAAAACCGGGGACAAAGCUGGAGGCUGCAGAGAAGCCACAGCGGUGUCGUGUCGCCCGCGACAGGUUGAUGGACAACAGACGUGGGACCGGGCCCUAGGUGAAAAUGCUGAAGAACGGGAGACCGCGUGGGCGGGAAGGCAUUUCGUUCGGACGAGGGAACGGGAAGACGAGGGGACGGGAAGACGAGGGGACGGGAAGACGAGGGGACGGGAAGACGAGGGGACGGGAAGGCCGGGGGCGGGAAGCUUGAGGACGAGGAGGCGAGAUCACGGGAAGGCGGGAGGACGGGAAGGCGCGAGUUUCGGAUGGCGGGAGGUCGGGAUGACGAGAGGACGGCAAGGCGAGAGGACGGCGAGGCGAGAGGACGGCGAGGCGAGAGGACGGCGAGGCGAGAGGACGGCGAGGCGAGAGGACGGCGAGGCGAGAGGACGGCAGAAUCAGCAAAGCGAGAGAACGAAAGGUAAAAUAAUGGCGAGGCAAGAGAACGAAAGCGAGAGGAUGGGAAGAAAAGAGAGAGGCAGGACUAGUGAAUGGAAGGAUGAGGUGAGAACAUUGAGCAGGCUGGCGGCGGGACCGCGGCGAACAUCAAGAUCGGCGUUAUCGACGGGCGCGCCGCCCCCCCGCUCGCUGGACCACGCGUCUUGCGCGCCACGCGGGCCUCCGCUCCCCGCCCGCCCCUCCCCCCUCCGCCCGAACCUCUUUCGGAUGCGGGCGCCUGCACGGCCGGCGCGGCGCUGGUGA